UAUUUAUUAAGGCUUUAAUUAAACAAAUUAUUUGUUACUUAGUAAUCACGUAAAAAAUAUACAUGAAAUUUUGGAUUGAGUUGGGUCAGGUCCCCGUCCCCGGUUUAGAUCCACUAAGUUUGCUCGAAGGGACUUAAGAGAGGGGCACAAACCCUAGCUAAUACUAUAUGAAAAGAAGCUUCGUAGCCGCAUAAAAUAUAUAUAUAAAUUAGGGUUUUUUUUUGUUGAUCAUUUUGGGGUUUAUGGUUUUCGUUUGAUCUGUUUUGGACUUUGGUGAUUGCAAUUAAUGGUAGGUUAAACGUUGUAUGACUGUUUCGGAAAAAUUUCCUUGCGUCCUUCUCAGAGCUUCGUCUUUGCUUAGGCUUCUGGCGAGAGGUGUUCCCGCUCCUCAGGCAAUUAAAAUUCUGAAAGAUGACUGGAAAUCUACUAUCAUCAAUAUCCGAAAUUUGGUUGGCAAAAAGGAAAUAUUUGUUCAAAGGAGGCAGCGGCUUUUGGGUCGUGCCUUGAAGAAGCUGGAAAUGAUAACCAAUUGUUACAUUCUAGUUCAGGGAAGAACUGUACGUAGCUGUGAUGGGUUCUUCUUUAGUUGGUAUCAGACAAGUCCGAAGCUUUGUGGAACAAAGCAUGCAGAGCAUGCGGCAUCCUUUAGACCUUAUAAACGAUCUUGUGCUGCAUCUCGAGAAUCAAACGAAAAAGGAGGAGGAACUUAAAAAAGAAAUCCAAAAUGAAAUGCGCCUACUAUUGGGUGCUCGUGGAAAGGCCAGAAUCGCAAGGCCUAUGUUUUAAUCUCGCGUUAUAAAAAAUAUUAUUGUUGUUAAAAAAAACUACGACCGAUCCCGCCUUUUCUGUUCCAUCUAAAUCAUAUAUGCAGUAUCUUUGGUAGUUUGGACAUUUCCUGAAUGAGAACUCUU